AUGGACGACACAUUCAAACUUGUGGUGUUGGGAGCCUCGAAUAUUGGAAGUGCAAAGACAAAUCCAUAUUUAAAAGUGAAAUUGGGAGAAUCUUUUUUCAAACAAACAAAACCAGUUCGGAGAACCUGUCAUCCGAAAUUUAAUGAAAUAUUUGACAUUCCUUUUGAUCGAAAAGAAACUCAUUGUAUUGUAGAAGUUUGGGACUAUGACAUGCUUGGACAAGAUAAAGUAAUGGCUCAUGUGAAAAUACCCAUUCUUGAUGAAGGAGAUGGUGUGACAAGAAAUGCUCAAUUUGAAGAGUUAAAAGACAAGGAAAUUAUGUCAUUCUUAACCUAUAAAUAUUCAAUUCAUAGAAGUACAAAACCAGACGAUUAUGGUGCUGUGAUGAGCACCUUCGAUGAUUAUCCCUACUUUGGAACGUUUAGAAUUUAUGAAACAUGGGAAAUUUCUCUAAAGGAUUCGUUCUCUACUUUUAUUCACCUUCUCAUCUCUACAAUGAGAAAUUAA